CAGACGAUGGAGAGGAUCUGCACCUUCUGCGUUCUCCUGCUCUGUUUGAUGGACAGAGUUUCCGCCAGGUCCAUUGACGAAGGAAGGACUAAAGAUCUCCGGGUCUCCAGGCCUCUGAUUGUGCCAGGUUACCCAGAAAACACCACAGGCCUGGUGGGUGGUCAGGCGACGCUGGUGUGUAAAGUCCACCGGCCGGCGUCCACCAAGGUGCAGUGGCUGAAGACCGAGGUCGGCCAGGGAGGUCAGCCUCACCUCAGAGCUCUGACGGCCCUUCAGAGCAACAUGUCCAAGGUGAACACUUUGCAUCUGUCCAACAUCACUCUGGAGGACGCAGGAGAGUACCUCUGCAUGGCUGAGAGCACCCACGCAGGGCAGACAGUGCAGGCCAUGCAGUCGGCGUGGCUGGACGUCCUGCCUGGUACCUUCAUUUCCCAAACUGUGGACCUGACUGCUGCUGACAUCCCAUCAGAUGUUCUCGAGGACCUGAGUGAGGACACAACAGAACAUCUUCUGCUGGAGCCGGGCAACGUCCUGAAACUGCGCUGCGACACGAGCACCCGGCCAGGCAUGGCGGUCAACUGGUACAAGGAGGGAGUCCGGGUUCUGCCCACGCCCCGCAUCCAGAUCCGCGUAGCCAUUAUGGAGAUCACGGACGUUACAUACGAGGACUCUGGCGUUUACGUUUGUGUUGUCCGGGGAACCAAAGAGCCUGUGAGGAACUUCACCAUCACUGUGGCAGACUCGUUGGGGUCAGGGGACGAUGAUGAGGACAACGGGCUGGAGGACUCAUCAGCUGAGAUCGAAAACGACCAGGUUUACUUCUCCAGAGGUCCCUACUGGACCCACACGCAGCGUAUGGAGAAGAAGCUGUAUGCCGUUCCCGCAGGCAACACGGUGAAGUUUCGCUGCCCGGCCAUGGGCAGCCCCAUCCCGAGCAUCCGCUGGCUCAAAAAUGGACGUGAAUUUAGAGGGGAGCAACGCAUCGGAGGAAUCAAGCUGAGACACCAGCACUGGAGCCUGGUGAUGGAGAGCGUUGUGCCUUCAGACAGAGGAAACUACACCUGCAUGGUGGAGAACAAAUACGGCUCCAUCGCUCACAGCUACGUCCUCGAUGUCCUGGAGCGUUCCCCACACAGACCCAUCCUGCAGGCCGGUCUACCAGCCAACACCACAGCAGUGGUGGGCAGCGACGUCCAGUUCCACUGUAAGGUCUACAGCGAUGCCCAGCCUCACAUUCAGUGGCUCAAACACAUAGAAAGGAAUGGCAGCCGCUACGGUUCUGACGGGACGCCUUAUGUCCGGGUCCUCAAGACCGGCAGUCUGAACAUGUCAGAGGUGGAGGUGCUCUACCUGUCCAAAGUUACCAUGGAGGAUUCAGGAGAGUACACCUGUCUGGCUGGAAAUUCAAUUGGAUUCGCGCACCAGUCCGCCUGGCUCACCGUCCUCUCAGAGGAGGAAGCAGCAGACGCCAUGGACACCAUGGAGACCAAGUACACUGACAUCAUCAUCUACGCCUGCGGUUUCCUGGCUCUGAUCAUGGCCAUCGUCAUCGUGGUGUUGUGUCGAAUGCAGGUCCAUCCCAGAAGAGAGCCGUUUGACGCCCUCCCUGUCCAGAAGCUCUCCAAGUUUCCUCUCCGCAGACAGUACUCGGUGGACUCCAACUCGUCAGGGAAGUCCAGUGCGUCGCUCAUGAGGGUGGCUCGCCUCUCGUCCAGCUGCUCCCCAAUGCUGGCUGGAGUCAUGGAGUUUGAGUUGCCCUUCGACCCGGACUGGGAGUUCCCCAGGGAGAAUUUAACGUUAGGCAAACCUCUAGGAGAAGGCUGCUUCGGUCAGGUGGUCAGAGCUGAGGCCUACGGCAUCAACAAGGACUCUACGGAUCCGGCAUCCACUGUCGCGGUUAAGAUGCUCAAAGAUGACGCCACAGACAAAGAUCUGGCAGACCUCAUCUCGGAGAUGGAGCUGAUGAAGGUGAUGGACAAACACAAGAAUAUCAUCAACCUGCUUGGAGUAUGCACGCAGGAUGGCCCUCUGUAUGUGCUGGUGGAGUACGCCUCCAAAGGCAGUCUGAGAGAGUACCUGCGGGCCCGGAGACCCCCAGGCUUGGACUACACCUUUGAUGUGACCAAGGUGCCUGAGGAGCAGCUCACCUUCAAAGACCUGCUGUCCUGCGCCUACCAGGUGGCCAGAGGGAUGGAGUACCUGGCCUCUAAAAGGUGCAUCCACAGAGAUCUGGCGGCCAGGAACGUUCUGGUGACUGAGGACAACGUGAUGAAGAUCGCUGACUUCGGCCUGGCCAGAGGAGUCCACCAGAUCGACUACUACAAGAAAACGACCAACGGACGGCUGCCGGUGAAGUGGAUGGCACCAGAGGCCUUGUUUGACAGAGUCUACACACACCAGAGCGAUGUGUGGUCGUUUGGCGUACUGAUGUGGGAGAUCUUCACGCUGGGCGGCUCACCCUACCCUGGGAUCCCCGUCGAGGAGCUUUUCAAGCUGCUGAAGGAGGGACACCGAAUGGACAAACCCUCCAACUGCACACAUGAACUCUACAUGACGAUGCGCGAGUGCUGGCAUGCUGUUCCCACCCAGAGGCCGACCUUCAAACAGCUGGUGGAGGAGCUGGACAAAGUGUUGCUGUCCAUCUCAGACGAGUACUUGGACCUGUCGACACCCUUCGAGCAAUACUCCCCGUCGUGCGAGGACACAUCCAGCUCCUGCUCCUCCGACAACGACUCCGUUUUUACCCACGAUGCCUUGUCCACCGACCCCUGCCUCCUGGGCUACCAGGACGUGCGCUCCCGGAUAGACAUGAAAAAGCCGCUCCGAUAGACUCACGACUGAAGGCACCCACACACACACAGACACGAACACAAGGUAACGCAUCCACUGGCGGCCAUAUUGGAGGCCCGCUGCUACAUUUUCUAACGUUAAGUUGAAGCUUCUAUUCAUGAAGUUUUCCAUUGGACCUCCAUUAUGGCACCAGACGAAGCCCUUAGAUACAGGUGGCCAUUUACACACACACACAUAGAAACACAUGCAGGCACGUGGAGCACUGAAGCCACUGGGCUUCAUCACACGGUGAAGGUUUGAAAAAAAAGCAUUUCAUCGUGGGCAGAAGAAAAAAGGACAAACUACACGUUAUCAGCUCUGGCACUGUGUCCAAGAACAGUUGGAAAAGUUGGAAAACUGCGGCACUAAACACCACAGAAGAAAAAAAAUAACCUGGUACCCAUGCUUUCUUUGAUCAACUUGACGGACAAUGAUCUCCUUACACAUCCCAAAACCAGGGUCGAGAAACCUCGGUGAUAGACAUUUUUAACAAAACAAAAAAAAAAAGAUUUAUUUUGCUAUGA